ACCCCACGCGUCGUGCGCCGCGCGUAAACUCAGAACAGGAAAUCCCUUGAACAUGAAACCAUGAGGCAUUUGGCAGGCAUGGACCAAAUAUAUUAUUACUGUAUUGUUAUCAUGUACAUAAACGACAUUGUUCGUGUCGAUCGUCAUGUCUAUGGUGUUCGUGGUGUACACGUAACGCCCACUCAUCAUCAAGUACAAGUACACGCAAUCUGCAGCUGCUGUUGAACCUCACACAGCGAACAUCAUGGCGGAAUCCAAGCAUUGUGGAAUCGUUGUCUGGAGCCUGCUGCUGACGUUACUGUACGCGGCAAACGCUUCACAAGUUGACGACACGAUCAACGACGUCGUAUCCCUCGGCGUCGGUGUGAUCAUUGCCAUUGUCGUGGGCUGUAUCUUGUUCCUGGUCCUGUGCAUUUGCUGUUGCUACUACUGCUGCUGCAGGAGCCCUCCUCCAGCCCAGCAGACAGUCAUCGUCGCUCAGUCCGCACCAGCCCAGUCCACCGUGGUCGUAGCUCAAGCUCCCCAGGCAGUGUACAACCCCCAGCCCAUGGGUCCACCGCCCAUGCAACCACCGGUCGGCUACGGGCAACCACAGGCGGGCUAUGACGGGCCGCCACCCUACCCGGGCCAGCAGACGGGAUACGGUUACGCCAAACUCUAAACUUGCACCCCAGUGCUGCAUGCUGCAGUUAGUUUUGCUUAUCUUCCACUUUUUAUUAUCCAUUUUUUAUGAGUAUUAUUAGGGAGCUAAUUUGAAGAUAAAAAUGACGAAGCAGCUAAUCAUUUCGUUCAUAUAGUGUAGUUGACUGUGACAGUCAGUUACCCCACAUGGCUAUAGGAGAAGCCAAGCUUUUGUUGCUCAUGAUUUUAGUGGGGAAAACAAUUCAAUCAAGUUUGGGAAGUGGUUUUAUUUGCCUGUCAGCUAUUUGUUUCUCAUUGGAAAAAGGGGAACAAAAAGCAACCAGACUCUUAAAGUAAUUUAGGGCCCUAAAACAUUUUUUUUAACACUAGCAAGUUGAAUGAAUAAAUAGGACACUCCAUUUCCAACAUUUUGCUAUUUUUUUCAACCGCUGAAAUGUAGCUUUUCGUUUAGUAUCGCUAGUAACUGCUAAUAACUAUUGCCAACAAACUUUCGCUGCCUUUCUAGAUAAACGUUUAUACUUGUGUUAUUAUCUGCUACUUGUAUAAUUUUGCAUGGUGGACAUGAACAAAAUGGUAACACCAUGUGAAUAUUAUCUCUUUUGAGCUGUGUGGUUCUGAGGAGAACCAGUUGGUGUAACUCGACGUUUCGAACAGUGUGCUCUGUUCGUCAUCAGCAUUCUGUUCGUCAUUUUGCUCUGUUCGUCAUCAGUCCCUUGAUUAGGAUAAAAGCACACUGUUCGAAAAAUCGAGUUAAACAACCGGUUCUUAGGACUCAGAACCACACAACUCGAAAAAGAAUAAUAUUCACAUGAUGUUAUCGCAAACUUUCCACACUUGAUCUACUCUAGAAUAAAUAUUGGGCAGUAAACAAGACAA